CCCCUGUCGACCCCGGAAUUCGGGCACUUGAUAAGCGGCUCAACCCUGAGUUGCCCCUUCCCCUCUCUUCCCCUCCCCUCAUUCCUGGACCAGUACUCGUACUGUACCCUACCACUGUACCCUACCACUGUACCCUACCAGUAGCUUAGGGUACCCUAAGACUCGCUAACUCGCAGGUGACCCUCUUUGUCCGCUCUCCCACCACCAACGCCAUCCGUACGAAACAGAACACACAGCGAAGACGAGUGCGCCGUCCAUCCUACUGAGCUCUCACCUACUCUCUCACUCCCUAUCUGCAGAUCCUUCCACCAUCCACCAUCCACCAUCCACCAUCCACCAUCCACCAUCCACCUACUCCGCGUUGGACGUCGACACUUGACCAUGUUCGAUACCUUUGCCAGGCUCUUAUCGUAGGUGACCCCAAACUACCCCGCCAAACAUGGAGCAUCAUCAGCAUCAUCGGCUGUCAUCACCGCCCUACACCAACGAGCUGUCAACUCGACCCACCAAGCGCCACAGCGAUGCCAUGCCGUGCGAUGCGAUGCGAUGCUAUGCUCGGAACACUGCAAAAACGCUGCUGGUGCCUUGCAGAUGCUAACAACCGUCUAGCUCGAUUCCGACCUUUCUCUUCCCCGUCUUCGCUUCCUACAAAGCUCUCAAAACCGCGGAUCCAGCCCUCCUCAAACCAUGGCUGAUGUACUGGGUCGUGUUGGCGUGCGCCCUUCUGUUUGAGUCAUGGGUCGGCUUUAUCCUCUUCUGGUAUGCAAAGCUUCGGUGUCUCAGCGAGAAGAAUAUAUCUAACACGUACUUCUGCUCAGGAUUCCCUUCUAUUCCUGGUUCCGUUUGGGCUUCCUCCUCUACCUCAUCCUCCCCCAAACGCAAGGCGCCCGAGUUCUAUACCAAUCUCAUGUUGGCCCUUUCCUUUAUGAGAACGAACUUGCGAUCGAUGAAUUCAUCUCUUCCGCACACGAGCGCGCAAAGGCAGCAGGCCUCAACUAUCUCAAACGAGCUAUCGAAUUCGUGAAGCAGAAUGUUCUCGGCUUCCCUCCAAGGGAGCCUACACCACCCGCGACCCCAACUCCAUAUUCCUACACACAAACUCUCAUGGCUCGAUUCAAUCUUCCAACCGCCAAACCCACACAACCUACCUACACAGGAAGUGGUGGUGCCGCAACCGAUUUCUAUUCUCUCCUAGCGUCCGCUGUCAGCGCCGCCACGUCCCGCGAAGGUGGAAUCACUAGUUCCACCCGCGACCUGUCAAACUCCGGGACCCUGAUUCCACCGAGUGUGCAGGGCGAAGAGCGACUCUCUUUCAUUGCGGCGCAACGUGAACGGCUUUCCAUUCUUCUCUCCGCUCUUGACAAGGAAGCCAAUACGCUUCAGAAUCAUCCCGUUCGGGCCAAGCGUGUAGGGAGCAUUCAUUUGGACGGCGGCAGUGAAGAAGAACCCAUUGAGCGCCCCAAGAGUUCUGCAAGUGGUCUGAGUAGCCGUAAGAGCGAGGCUGAUUUUGAAAAGAUUGAUGCGGAGAGCGGUACCGAGGGGUCUGAUCCUCAGAAGAAGAGAAAUGUAAGCAGUGAUAGUUGGUUGCCAUGGAGUUGGGGAGCACAUCCCACAGCGUCCGUAGAUACACCCAUGAGUGACGCGCCUCAGGGUGAAGACCAAGGCAAGAGUUCUGGUCUUGACUAUUGAUUUUUAUCUUCUAAUUUACGGGCGUUAUGCUUGCGUUUUCUGGUGUUUACUGAUUCUGGUGUCGGGCGAUUUGGUGGAAUGGGAAUCGCCUCACGGCUGGGCCUUUUUGUUUUCUCCUUCAUGGAGCGAGUACGGGGAUACCUAGGAGCAUGGGGUUCUUUCGGUUGAGGUUUAGGAAGUUGGGAGGUUGGGAUGGAUAGAUUCGAGACGUUCUUUAUAUUACACUUCCACUUACCAAAUACCAUACUCGAGUACUCCCACAGAAUACUGUAGGGCAUCGGAUCCCCUUUCAUUUUGUUUUUCCUUGUAUUUGGGGUUCUGGAGGUG